CGCCAUUAACAAAAUAGCUCAACCAAUAAACUGAAUCAACAACAAACAAUCAUGAUUCCAUCUUUGUCGAUUGAUGCCAUUGCUACUGCUAAUGCAUAUUCAUCUCGCAUUGACUUUUAUCAGUGACUCACUGACUCCGCUCUUUAUUCCUUCUCGUUUCGCCAUCAAUUAAGUAUAUUUGCUUUCUGGAUUCCAUUUCUCUUUCUAAAGUAAAGCUCACUUGCUGUUUCGCGCACACCUCUGCUAAUUUGUUUCAACAUAAAAUAUCUUACUUCGAGGCGGUUUUUCCUUUUCUUAUCCAAUUUUGUGUAAUUGGAAUUAGGAGAUGGGGCAAUGCGUGAUUGAAAGGGGUUUUUUCAUUUUUGUUGAUUGUUUGGAUAAUUUGGUGGAGUGAAUUGAGAUUUGGGAAGGAAGCCAUGUCGCAAUCGACGACGAAGAAGAGCAGCUGCUCUAGGGGGAGCUCUGUCAGGUCGAGACCAGGCGCUCGUGUAGUGAUUCAAACCCCAAUUGACGCGAAGCUCCAUGUGGAUUACGAGAAAUCCGAGCAGCAGUUUGAUUACUCCGUUUCUGUUAAUGCGUCUAGCGAUGUUCCUUCCUCGACGGUGUCUGCUUAUCUGCAGAAGAUGCAGAGGGGGAGCCUGAUUCAGCCUUUUGGCUGCUUGAUUGCUGUUGAUGACAAGAGUUUCGGUGUGCUGGCGUUUAGCGAGAACGCCUCGGAGAUGCUUGAUUUGGCCCCACACGCGGUUCCGAAUAUGGAGCAGCAAGAGGUUUUGAGCUUUGGUGUUGAUGCGAGGACUCUUUUUCAACCUUCUGGUGCUGCUGCACUGCACACGGCUGCCAAUUUUGGGGAAGUGAAUGUGCUCAAUCCGAUUUUGGUCCACACGAAAAGCACUGGUAAGCCCUUCUAUGCUGUUUUGCACAGGAUUGAUGUUGGAUUGGUUAUAGAUCUUGAGCCUGUGAAUCCAUCUGAUGUGCCUGUGACUGCUGCUGGGGCUUUGAACUCAUAUAAGCUUGCAGCAAAGGCCAUCUCUAAGCUGCAGUCUGUCUCGAGUGGGAAUAUAUCGCUCUUGUGUGACGUGUUGGUUAGAGAGGUGAAGGAUUUGACUGGCUAUGACCGUGUGAUGGUUUAUAAGUUUCACGAGGAUGAGCACGGGGAAGUCAUUGCAGAGUCGUGUGGCCCUGACUCAGAACCCUAUCUUGGGCUGCACUACCCUGCCACUGAUAUACCACAAGCAUCGAGGUUCCUCUUCAUGAAGAACAAGGUUAGGAUGAUAUGUGAUUGCUUGGCAAAGCCUGUGAAACUAGUGCAAGAUAAGGCAUUAGCUCAGCCCCUCAGUCUUGCUGGUUCUGCCUUAAGGUCUCCACAUGGCUGUCAUGCCCAAUACAUGGCAAGCAUGGGUUCCAUUGCAUCAUUGGCCAUGUCUGUAACCAUAAAUGAAGAGGAUGAUGAUGAUGAGACUGAUAGCAAUCAGCAGAAGAGAAGGAAAUUGUGGGGUUUGGUGGUUUGCCACCAUUCCAGCCCCAGAUUUGUUCCUUAUCCGUUAAGGUAUGCGUGUGAGUUCUUGAUUCAGGUUUUCGGUGUUCAAAUGAACAAGGAGGUUGAGUUGGCUGCUCAAAUGAGGGAAAGGCAUAUACUGCGAACUCAAACUGUGCUUUGCGAUAUGCUUCUUAGAGAUGCCCCAACGGGCAUCAUAAAUCAGUCGCCUAAUGUGAUGGACCUAGUCAAGUGUGAUGGAGCUGCACUUUACUACCGCAAAAAAUGCUGGUUGCUUGGAGUCACGCCCACAGAGGCACAAAUUAGGGAUAUUGCUGGAUGGCUUCUAGAAUCCCAUGGUGGCAGUACUGGAUUAAGCACAGACAGUCUCAUGGAAGCAGGCUAUCCACAUGCCACGGUUCUUGGUGAUGCUGUAUGUGGAGUCGCUGCUGUGAAAAUUACUUCCACCGACUUUCUGUUUUGGUUCCGUUCACAUACAGCAAAGGAGAUCAAGUGGGGUGGUGCGAAACAUGACCCUGUAGAGAAAGAUGAUGGGAGAAAAAUGCAUCCACGGUCAUCUUUUAAGGCCUUCCUUGAGGUGGUGAAGAGAAGGAGCCUACCGUGGGAAGAUGUAGAAAUGGAUGCAAUCCAUUCAUUGCAGCUUAUAUUGAGAGGAUCUUUGCAAGAUCAUGUUGCAGAUGAUUCCAAAAUGAUUGUGAAUGUUCCAGCAGAUGACACAAGUAUUCAUAGGGUGGAUGAGCUUCGUGUUGUUACAAAUGAAAUGGUUCGCCUCAUUGAAACUGCAUCCAUACCUAUUUUGGCUGUAGAUGCAUCUGGUUGUAUCAAUGGCUGGAACAGUAAAGUGGCUGAACUUACUGGCCUAGAUAUGGGAAAAGCUCUUGGCACACCAUUCAUUGAUCUGGUAGCUGAUGAUGCGGCUCAGAGGAUGAAACGCAUGCUAUCCCUAGCGUUAAAAGGCAAGGAAGAGAAGGAUGUGGAGAUUAGACUAAAAGCAUUUGAUUCUCAGGAAGACAAGGGUUCUAUCAUCUUGGUGGCUAACGCAUGUUGCAGUCGAGAUGUGAAGGGAAAUAUAAUUGGUGUUUGCUUUGUUGGGCAAGAUGUUACUGGGAAAAUGAGGAUAUUGGAUAAGUGCAAUAGGGUACAGGGUGAUUAUGUUGGUGUUGUGAGGAAUCCUUGUCCCCUGAUUCCUCCUAUCUUUAUGAUGGACGAGCAAGGACGAUGUGUGGAGUGGAACGAAGCUAUGCAGAAGAUAUCUGGUGUGAAGAGGGAGCAAGCCAUUGACCAAAUGCUUGUUGGCGAGGUGUUCACGGUCCAUUCUUUUGGGUGCAAGGUGAAAGAUCAGGACACGCUAACAAAGCUCAGAAUAUUACUGAGUGGUGUUAUUUCCGGGGGGAAAGAAGCUGAUAAGCUGGUAUUUGGUUUCUUCGACCAUCAACAUAAAUAUGUGGAAGCAUUGAUUUCUGCAAGCAGGAGGAUGGAUUCACAAGGCAAGGUCAGCGGAGUGCUGUGCUUUCUUCACGUCACUAGUCCUGAACUUCAACGCGCUAUAGAGAUGCAAAAAGCGAGUGAAGAGGCUGCUUCAGAUAUUCAGACGAAGUUAGCCUACAUCCGCAGUGAAAUGAGAAACCCGUUGAGUGGGAUAAAGCUUGUUCAGGACAUGAUGGGAUCCUCCUCUGAUUUGAGUAACGAACAGACACAACUACUCCACACUAGCAAAUUGUGUCGCGACCAAUUGGCCAAGAUCAUCAGUGAUACUGAUAUUGAGGGCAUCGAAGAAAGCUACAUAGAGAUAAACUCAGAUGAGUUCAAUCUGGGGGAGGCGUUACAAGUGGUAAUGAAUCAAGUGAUGAGCCUAAGCCGGGAGCGAGAGGUGCAGAUCACAAAGGAGGUGCCGGCUGAGAUGUCAAGCAUGUACCUAUACGGCGAUAUAUUAAGAGUCCAGCAAGUCCUGUCAGACUUUCUAGGCAGUGCAGUGUUGUUCACUCCUGCACUUGAAGGAUCAACAGUUGUCUUGAGACUGAUUCCCAGAAAGGAGAGCAUAGGGAAGGAUAUGCAUGUUCUCCAUCUCGAAUUCCGGAUCAGCCAUCCAGCACCAGGAAUCCCAGAAGAGUUGAUACAAGAGAUGUUCUAUCACGACAAGAGCGGAUCAUCAUCAGCGUCUUCGUCUUCGAGGGAAGGUCUGGGACUGUACAUGAGCCAGAAGCUGGUGAAGAUCAUGAACGGCAGCGUGCAGUACCUUAGAGACGCGGAGCGGGCGUGUUUCAUUAUCGUUUUGGAAUUCCCAGUAGCAGCUGCUAAAUGAUCGCACCAUCAAAUUCAUCAAUCCAAUAAUUAAGCUGUCAAAUAUUAUUCUUCACCUUCACUUGUGUAUAUAUAUAUAUAUAUGUAUGAAUGUAUCUGAUUUUAUUCAAAAUCGUCUAUACUUUUUCUAA